AUGCCCAACCCUUCAAAGUUCAACACCCUCGCGUUGAGUCACUUGACUCCUCGGCCCGACUUCAUUAUAGCGGCAAGCUCCGCAUGCGAGGUUCAGUACCCUCGCCUCGAGUCGCCUGGCUUCUCAGCCCGACUCCAUUACAGCGGCAAGCUCCGCAUGCGAGGUUCAGUACCCUCGCCCCGAGUCGCCUGGCUUUUCAGCCCGACUCCAUUACAGCGGCAAGCUCUGCAUGCGAGGUUCAGUACCCUCGCCCCGAGUCGCCUGGCUUCUCAGCCCGACUCCGUUACAGCGGCAAGAUCUGCAUGCGAGGUUCAGUACCCUCGCCUCGAGUCGCCUGGCUUCUCAGCCCGACUCCGUUACAGCGGCAAGCUCCGCAUGCGAGGUUCAGUACCCUGGCCCCGAUUCGCCUGGCUUCUCAGCCCGACUCCAUUACAGUGGCAACCUCCGCAUGCGAGGUUCAGUACCCUCGCCUCGAGUCGCCUGGCUUCUCAGCCCGACUCCAUUACAGCGGCAAGCUCCGCAUGCGAGGUUCAGUACCCUCACCCUAAGUCGCCUGGCUUCUCAGCCCGACUCCAUUACAGCGGCAAGCUCCACAUGCGAGGUUCAGUACCCUCGCCUCGAGUCGCCUGGCUUCUUAGCCCGACUCCAUUACAACGGUAA